UUGAACACUUGAAAACAGUUUCUACGUGUUGCUUGUCUAUUUAGCGUGUCCCUUGCAACUACAAAAAUUGUACGUAGUCCAUUUUGAAUCUAUUUAUCAGGAACAGAGAAAAAUGAAUGUCAGCCCAUUUAUUUUCACUGCUAUGUUUUUAUGGAGUUAUACAACAGUCUGUUGUCAUGAUAAUGAAACAAUAGACAAUGAAUCUAUCCUGCAAGAAAAACUGUUUAAAAACUAUAACAGAUAUCGAAAACCAGUCAAGGUCUCUUCGAAUCGGAUAUUUGUGAGUCUUACUUUAGACAUUCUCUCUCUACCAAAGCUGGAUAUAAAGUCGCAAACUUUACAUGCUGCAAACUGGUUAACAUAUUCUUGGACGGACGAGUAUCUUACAUGGAAUUCUAGUGUUUUUUCUAAUAUCGACUACGUAAGAUUGCCUGCCGAUAAGAUAUGGAUUCCCAGUGUUUGCAACCUUCAGGAAAUCUCUGGUAGAAGAUGUUUGACAUAUGACUCGGUGAAAGACUCAAGAAGCGAGGCUGUAAUCCAUAGCUCUGGACAAGUAUAUCUGACAGAAACGAUGGAUAGUAUUGUUCUGUGUAAAUUUGAUGCUUUGCAUUUUCCUUUUGACACCCAGACCUGCAUUUUCUCGUUUAUAUCAUCUACCGGUCGAUUUCAAAAAACAUAUUUGGCUGUAAACAAAUCUAGUUAUGAAUCACGUUACUUUAUUGGAAACGAAGAGUGGGAUUUGAUCUCGACAAAUGUUCAAGCAAAAUUUGAUAUGCUUAAUAUGAAAAUUGUAUUAAAAAGGAGACCCUUAUUUAUUGUUCUGACGGUAGUACUGCCAAUUGUCGCUUUGUCAAUCAUGAAUGCGUUUUGUUUUUUAUUGCCCAUUGAAUCCGGAGAAAAAAUGGGUACUUCUGUGGCUUUAUUUCUUACUUUUGCUGUUUUCGGAACUAUAAUCAGUGACACGAUGCCCCAAAACGCAGCAAAUAUUUCGUGGUUUAUGGUAUAUGUGACGACUCAGAUACUUUUAAGUGGGCUGACGGUUAUCAUGGAAACGGUUGUUUUACACCUGUAUCAUAAAUACGCAGGUAGAUCAGAAACAAUUUACAUCGACAAAGUGUGUACAUUACAUAAUGCGAACAACAAAACUAAAGAUAAAAGUAAAGAGAAAUACGAGUGUGUGAUUGCUAAAACAAAGGCAACUGACUCUGAAGAAAUGUGGAAAAGUCGGGCAAAGAAAUUGGAUAGAGUCAUGAUGAUUUUGAAUGUUUGUGCAAACAUCAUUUCUAUCUGCAUUUGCAUGACAAUCAUUAUGAUCUAAGUUUGAUAAUUAGUAUUCGAUAUGUUGUACUUUGGUACAUAGCAUUAUUAAAAGAAAAUACUUUGUUCAGGUAAUUUAUCUAAUAAUUUGUUUUUUAAAUUCAUUUGAUACAUGUUAGGAAACGUUAAAAUCAUUGAAUUGUCGUGGUACGGUAUAAAAUAUUUCA